AUGCGCCAGACAGCACACCUGACCAAGUUCACUGGUUGGUGUUUUCGUACUCCGUUGCCAGGUCAUACACUGUCCACCUCUCAGUCACUUCCACUCAGAACAAGGCUGACAGAAAAGAGCUCUGUGAGACAGACGGUCUUCUGGCAUGCGGAGUACACGUCCCAACCAGCGCAACCUAUGAAACACACUUUAGAGGGACACUUGCCUGAGAACAUCAUAAACGAGAGAUUCAGCUGGGUUCCAGCACCAACUGAACAGUUACAGACUAUCGGACAGGGAAGCAAACCUCUCAUAUGCAUCUUGUUUACAAAAUCUAAAUAUCCGUAUUCUUCUCGAACGCGUCUUUUCGAACUUUCCUGGAUGCUCAUUGAGUACCACUCAAAUUGCUUGGUUACCAUGCCACCUGAGGGUGGCAUGAGGGCUGAGAUAUUACCAGGUUACUCAGGCAUAGACAGGAGUAGUCGAGAUACCGGAGCUGUGUUCGAACCACUAUGUCGAGCGCAAGGGUUGCUGUUGCGACAAAUACAUUCAUUUGCGAAUCAAUUUGUUUCUCAUGAGAUACUCAACUGA